AGUGAGUAGGCUGCACAGCCUGUCCUGACAGUUUCUGCAUCAUCGUGGACACUUCUACCUUUUUCCCUCUGUGUCUGUGCUGGGCACAGAACUGACCAGCUGUCACUUGGAUCAGCCCAGAUGUGUAGCUGCGAGCACCUGAGAGAGAGACCCAGAUGUGAGACUUGAGUGUGCCUUAGGAUAAGACUCUCAGCAGGAUCAUGUAUCAAGUGCAUGAGUGUGAAGCCCAGGUGUAUCACAUGUACACAGGAGGGGUGGAAAUGUCAUCUGAGAGUGCCUGAGCGGCACAGUCUGAGCAGUGGCAUCUGCGUUUGCUUCAGUGCGAGGGAGGCCUACAUGUUACUGUUAAUGUGUGUAAGAUUGAGACUCAAAGUAAAAGUUGUGUAUCUGAAAGACCCUCAUACAACACAUGUGUGCACCUGUGCCUCAAGUGAAAGAAACAUGUUUUCCAGAGGUGAUUACAAUAAUCUUACAGGGAGAAGGGAACUAGUCUGUUACCAUACUUGAGAUUGGGACAUACUUUCCCAGUAUCUACCUGAGCAGGGCUGUUAGCUGUGUCUGCCUGAGAGUGAUACUUAGGUAUGUUGCCUGUAUACCUGAGUAAGGAAGACUUAGGUUACUAGUAGAUGCUAGAGAGGAAGCCUGUGUAUCAGGUUUCCCAAGAUGGGUCCCAGGUGAAACUUGGAGGUAGAUGGGUACCUGAAGCUAUGCAUUACUUCUAGGAGUGUUCUUGUGUGCCUAGCUCCCCAACUCAUGCCUCUGCCUCUAUGUACCUGAGCUGGGCACCUGUGGCUUUGACAGCUCCUCCCUCUUUUCCCCACAGGGCCCACCGCUUACCACCACACUGGGGCCCAGAGGCCAUGGCCUGCCUCCAUGAGACCCGCACACCCUCCCCUUCCUUUGGGGGUUUCGUGUCCACCCUGAGCGAGGCAUCAAUGCGCAAGCUGGACCCAGACACUUCCGACUGCACCCCUGAGAAGGACCUGACGCCUACCCAGUGUGUACUCCGAGACGUAGUGCCACUCGGGGGUCAGGGCGGGGGCGGGCCCAGCCCCUCCCCAGGUGGAGAGCCGCCCCCUGAGCCUUUUGCCAACAGUGUCCUGCAGCUCCACGAGCAGGAUGCAGGGGGCCCAGGGGGAGCCACUGGGUCCCCUGAGAGUCGGGCGUCCAGGGUCCGAGCGGAUGAGGUGCGGCUCCAGUGCCAGAGCGGCAGCGGGUUCCUGGAGGGCCUCUUCGGCUGCCUGCGCCCUGUCUGGACCAUGAUUGGCAAAGCCUACUCCACGGAGCACAAGCAGCAGCAGGAAGACCUUUGGGAGGUCCCCUUUGAGGAAAUCCUGGACCUGCAGUGGGUGGGCUCAGGGGCCCAGGGCGCCGUCUUCCUGGGGCGCUUCCAUGGGGAGGAGGUGGCUGUGAAGAAGGUGCGGGACCUGAAGGAAACUGACAUCAAGCACCUGCGAAAGCUGAAGCACCCAAACAUCAUCACCUUCAAGGGUGUGUGCACCCAGGCUCCCUGCUACUGCAUCCUUAUGGAGUUCUGCGCCCAGGGCCAGCUGUAUGAGGUGCUGCGGGCUGGCCGCCCCGUCACACCCUCCUUGCUGGUUGACUGGUCCAUGGGCAUCGCCGGCGGCAUGAACUACCUGCACCUGCACAAGAUUAUCCAUCGAGACCUCAAGUCCCCCAACAUGCUAAUCACCUACGACGAUGUGGUGAAGAUCUCCGAUUUUGGCACUUCCAAGGAGCUGAGUGACAAGAGCACCAAGAUGUCCUUUGCAGGGACAGUAGCCUGGAUGGCCCCUGAAGUGAUCCGCAACGAACCUGUGUCUGAGAAGGUUGACAUCUGGUCCUUUGGUGUGGUGCUGUGGGAGCUGCUGACUGGUGAGAUCCCCUACAAAGAUGUAGAUUCCUCAGCCAUCAUCUGGGGUGUGGGAAGCAACAGUCUCCAUCUACCUGUGCCCUCCAGCUGCCCAGACGGCUUCAAAAUCUUGCUUCGCCAGUGCUGGAACAGCAAACCACGAAACCGCCCAUCAUUCCGACAGAUCCUACUGCAUCUGGACAUCGCCUCAGCCGACGUACUCUCCACACCCCAGGAGACUUACUUUAAGUCCCAGGCAGAGUGGCGUGAAGAGGUAAAGCUGCAUUUUGAAAAAAUUAAGUCAGAAGGGACCUGUCUGCACCGCCUAGAAGAGGAGCUGGUGAUGCGGAGGAGGGAGGAGCUCAGACAUGCCCUGGACAUCAGGGAACACUAUGAGCGGAAACUGGAGAGAGCCAACAACCUGUACAUGGAACUUAAUGCCCUUAUGUUGCAACUGGAGCUGAAGGAACGGGAGCUACUCAGGAGGGAGCAAGCUUUAGAGCGGCGGUGUCCAGGUCUGCUGAAGUCACACCCUUCCCGGGGCCUGCUGCAUGGGAACACAAUGGAAAAACUCAUCAAGAAGAGGAAUGUCCCACAGAAACUGUCGCCCCACAGCAAAAGGCCAGAUAUCCUCAAGACUGAGUCUUUGCUACCCAAACUAGAUGCAGCCCUGAGUGGGGUGGGGCUUCCUGGGUGUGCUAAGGGCCCCCCCUCACCAGGACGGAGUCGCCGUGGCAAGACUCGUCACCGCAAGGCCAGCGCCAAGGGCAGCUGUGGGGACCUGCCUGGGCUUCGUGCAGCUGUGCCACCCCAUGAACCUGGGGGACCAGGAAGCCCUGUGGGCCUAGGAGGGGGACCCUCAGCCUGGGAAGCCUGCCCUCCAGCCCUCCGGGGGCUCCACCAUGAUCUCCUGCUCCGAAAGAUGUCUUCAUCAUCGCCAGAUCUGCUGUCAGCAGCACUGGGAGCCCGGGGCCGGGGGGCUACAGGGGGAGCUGGGGAUCCUGGCUCACCACCUCCAGCCCGGGGAGACACACCCCCAAGCGAGGGCUCAGCGCCUGGCUCCACCAGCCCGGAUUCACCAGGGGGGGCCAAGGGGGAGCCACCUCCACCAGUAGGACCUGGUGACGGUGUAGGGCUGCUGGGAACUGGAAGGGAAGGGACGGCGGGACGGGGAGGAAGCCGGGCUGGGUCCCAGCACUUGACCCCAGCCGCACUGCUGUACAGGGCUGCCGUCACCCGAAGUCAGAAGCGUGGCAUCUCGUCGGAGGAAGAGGAAGGAGAGGUUGACAGUGAAGUGGAACUGACCUCGAGCCAGAGGUGGCCUCAGGGCCUGAAAAUGCGCCAGUCACUCUCUACCUUCAGCUCAGAGAAUCCAUCAGAUGGGGAGGAAGGCACAGCUAGUGAGCCUUCCCCCAGUGGCACACCUGAAGUUGGCAGCACCAACACAGAUGAGCGGCCAGAUGAGCGGUCUGAUGACAUGUGCUCGCAGGGCUCAGAAAUCCCACUGGACCCACCAGCUUCUGAGGUGGUUACCGGCCCAGAACCCAGCUCCUUGCCCGUCCCACACCACGACCUACUCAGAGGGGAGCAGGGCCCUCCCAGCUCUGAGGACUCAGACUGUGACAGCACUGAACUGGACAACGCCAACAGUGGUGAAGCCUUGCGGCCCCCAGCCUCCCUCCCUCCAUGAAAGCCACCCUUAUCCCUGUACAUAGAGAAAUAUUUAUAUAAGUAAUAUAUAUGCGCCACAUAAUCAAUAAAGACAGGGCUGUCCCAGCCUUAAGUUGGGCUCAAGGGAGACUGACCCCUAACCAAGUCACCUGAUAAACUCUAGGGACACUGGCAGCUGUGGAAAUGAAGGAUAAAUACUGCCCUAGAGAUAUGGUUAAGGGCAAACUGGCCCCGUCCUGCUUCACCCCAAUGAAUUCGGCCAGUGGUGAGGCAACAUGAAAGUCCAACUUGUUCCUCUACUUUUUCUGCCCAAACCCUAAGGAGCAGGAAAGGGGGCCAUUUAGACUGCACUUUUUUUUGUUUUCUGUUUACUGUUUACACAUUUUGCACUUGGGAGGAGGGAGGCUAAGGCUGGGUCCUCCCCUCUGAGGUUUCUCAGGUGGCAAUGUAAUUUCUUUGUCCCUCCAUUUCUCUGCCCAAGCCCUGGCUUAGGGUCUAGGGGAGGCCAGGAGAUUGUGAAAGCAUGUGAUGGCUCAGGCUGAAGAAUUGGGGUGGUGUUUUAAGUCCCUACUUUUUAUCUUGGUGCCUGACUGGGGUGGGGACUGUCAUAUUGUAACCCCUGUGAGAAAAACCUUGAAAUAUAACCACUCCAUGCAGGCCCAGCUGUUGAGGGUUUUCUUGGUGAAUGAAUGGGGUAGCUUGCAUGGUUUAAGUAGAAGCCCUGGGCUUUGGAAAUUACCUAAAACGCUGAAUGACUUGCUCCUUUUAUGCUUUAAAUGAUGCUAACCAUUUAAGAGUACCAACCUAAAACCUGCAUAAACAGGAGGUCUAUCUUUAUAAAGGAUUGUAGUAGGACAGACCUUAAAAACCACCCAUCCUUAUUAAACAGGAGAGUGAUGUCUCGACAAGGGUGUAGGUAUAUUCCCAGGAAGGUGAAUCCCAGUGAGACAAAUUCUGCUGCUUCCAUGUGUAUGCGUGUGUACCCUUCCAGUGGGAAGUGCUUGUUUACACUUUGCAGACACGUCUUAAACUGUAAUCCCCGUUCUUUUGGACCAAGGGCACAGCCAGCUUGCUAUAGCUAUUAUUAAGAUCACUCUGCAAUGCAGGCUCAAGGGCUACAGAAAAAGGUGGGAGUGGUAAAACAGAAGAAAACAUCUUCACUGGAAUAAAUGCUUAUAUUAAAAACCCAA